AUGGAAGCCAUCGCCGGCCGACAGUGUGUUGGCAGCGGCCGGGCACCAUCGGCUCGGGUUGCGGCUUAGUACAAAACCUGGCGAGCAGGAGGCUGCACCGCCGGCCCAAGCCCCUGAAAUCAAGCACAUUGGUCGAGCCCGCACGACCUCUACCUCUGGACGGUGUCGGGACGCGGAACGCCGCAGCGCGGGAGGCGCUAGGGACAGCAGCCGGCGGCGUGCAUGGCGGCUGACAGGUCGCCCGGCGCUCGCGGCCCUGGGCCCUCUGGCGCGGCACUCGAGCCAGCCGUGCCCCAGCAGCAGCACGCCGCGGAGGCAGCGCCUGUGCAGGCAGGCGACGCGGGCGCAGCAGGCGUGGGCGAGGAGCACAGCUGGCGGCGGCGGCAGCGCGGCGCGGCACCUACGCUGGCGCCAACCGCCCAGGGAAACGGGACGGCGGCGCACCCGCCCACACACGAUGCCCGCCACCAGCAGCCACAGCAGGACCAGCAGGGCAGCGACCAGGCACAGCAGGACGGCAGCAGCUGCCAGCCGCGCAGCGCCAAGCGGCGGCGCGGCGGCGCGGCGGCAGACGACGCCACGCCUGCGCCGUCGUCACCCUUUGCCUGGCCUCGCAGGCCUGCUGAUGCCGGGCCUGCACCCGAGGCAGCAGCAGCAGCCCCAGCUGGGCCCUGCCUGAACGGAGUCAAAGCAGAGCCGCUGCCUGGUGCCUCGGCGGCGGCAGCAGCAGCAGCCGGCGUGCCCACGCCCCACCAGCCACAGCCGGCACCCGCCGCCGCCGCGGCCAGCAGCAAGCAGACGCCCGCGGCGGCAGCCAGCCAGGAGGCGGCAGCAGCGGGCCCCUCGCCCUCGCCCUCCCCACCGCUGCCAGCAGGCUCUGGCGCGGGCCCAGCGGCGGCGCUCGCCGCACAGCAGCCUACGCAGCAGACGCACCGCCCGCCGCUGCCGCCCGCGGCCGCGGCGUUGAAGCAGGAGCAGCAGCAGCAGCUGGCAGCGGCGGCGGCGGCGGCGGCCGAGGGCGCCUCUGCGCCUCCCAGCGCCGCCGCUAGCGUCGCGGGGGGCGGCGGCGCCGCCGCCGCCACCUCUUGCGCCUCCUCCCAGCAUUCACAGCACCGCCCGGCAGGCUCUGCUGAAGUGAGGCCUCCCUCGCGGAUGGCCAGCCUCACCCAGUCUGAUGCUGAGAUGCUGCUGGCCCUGAGCUCAGCACCAGAGGCAGCCACGGCAGACACAGCCACCGCGGGCGCAGCGGCGGCAGCCAGCGGCGCGGCCUCCGCUGCUGCAGCAGCGGCGGCGGCGGCAGGGAAGGCUGCGCUAGCGGCCGCGGCAGCGGAGCAUGCGGAGGCGGACAGGGCGGCCGUGGCGGCGGCGGCGGCCGCGCUGCUGCCCCCGCCGCCGCCGCGCAUCGCGACCGCACGCGGCGGUGCCACCGGCGGCGGCGUGCCGUCCCAGCGAGCGGCGGCCGCCGCGGCGUCUGCCUCGUUCGCUGCAGCCGCGGCCGCUGCGGCAAUAGCAGAGUGGCUGGGCACCUUUGACACGGCGGAGGAGGCGGCGGUGGUGUACGACCUUCGCAAGCGCCAGAUCAAGGGCGGCGCCGCCAAGUGCAACUUCCCGCCGCUGGGCAUGACGGGCCCGCUGGUAAUGCGGGAGAUCUGCCCCAAAGGCAUGGGGGGAGCAGACCGCAUGCCCGUAUACCUGCCAGAGGACUGGCCUGAGCAGCUGAUGAAGCUGCAGCCGGGCCUGGUGCUGACCACCAGCGGAGGCGGCGGCGGCGGCGGCGGCACCCCCACCGCGGCGGCCGUGGCCGUGCCUGCGACCGCGGCCGCGGUUGUCAAUGGCGGCAGCGGCGGCGGCGGCAGCGGCAGCAGCGAGAGCCUGGGCGGCGGCGGCGCGGCGCCUGCGGCCGCCGUCCCUGGCUCGCCUGCGCCGCCGCUGGCGCGCGGCACCGCCGGGGCGCUGUUUGUGGCAGCAGAGGCGGCGGCGGCAGCCUCCGGCUGGCCCGGGGCUCAGGGCGCCAGCAGCAGCAGCCUGCCUGGCAGCGCAGCCGGGCCGCUUCUGCCGAGCAGCGAGGCGGCGCCAGCUGCCAACGGCUGCCUGCCAGUGGCCCGCAGCCCACGCGUGCGGCCGUCGCGGCAGCCGCAGCCGCAGCAGGCGGCGCAGCCCGCGGUGCCCCUGCCCGGCCUGGUGCCCGCCCCAGCGCUCAUCAUCGCCCCGCUGCAGCUGCCGGUGCUGCCGGCGCCCGUGCUGCCUCCCAUCCUGACUGUGCAGCCCAUCGGGCGCCCCGGCAGCGCAGCAGCAGGCGCCCUGCCCGCCGGCAGCACGCCGCGGGCUGCCACCACCCCGCUCUCCCUCGCGGCGCUGGCUGCGGGCCGGCCCGGCGACAGCACGCCGCCUGCUGCAGCCGUGCUGCCGGUAGGCAUGCCAGCCUUGCUGGCACUCCACGAAUCGGAGCGGCAGGCGGCAGCUGGGGGCACGCCCACCGACGCUGCGGCCCUCAGCCCGCACGCCGCCCUGGUGGGUGCGAUGGCGGCGGCCGCGUUUGCCGGGCAGAAGCUGGGAGGGCCGCUGUCGCCGCUGCCGCCGCCGGCAGAGCGGCAGGAGGGUGUGGGGUCGCCGGUGGCGGUGGCCUCCCAGCUGCCCGGACGCAGCAGCAGCGGGGCCAGCGAGGAUGCCUUACACCCCAGCAGCCCCGAGCCGCCCGCGGCGCGGCAGGACGGCCACGCCGGUGCCACCAGUGCGGCCGUCGCGGCGGCGUUCGGAGUGUGA